GGCUGCUGUCAGUUUCGAAACUUUUCUUUCUCUCUUUCCGGCAUCUUCAACAAUUGUGUGCACACACUUUUGUUAAGUUGAAUUAGUUUUUAUUGAAAAACUACCUUAAUAAUCCGCCAAAAUGCCACCAAAAUUCGACCCCAACGAAAUCAAGCACGUUUACCUGAGGUGUGUCGGUGGUGAAGUCGGUGCCACUUCAUCCUUGGCCCCAAAAAUUGGUCCACUUGGUUUGUCCCCGAAAAAGGUUGGUGAUGACAUUGCCAAAGCCACCGGAGAUUGGAAGGGUCUGAAAAUCACCGUGUGCCUCACGAUCCAGAAUCGACAGGCUGCGAUUUCUGUUGUUCCAUCUGCGGCUUCCUUGAUUGUGAAAGCACUCAAGGAACCUCCACGGGACCGCAAAAAGGUGAAAAAUAUCAAACACAACGGUAACAUCACCUUUGACGAAGUGAUCAGCAUUGCCCGGGUGAUGCGACCGCGCUCAAUGGCCCGAGAACUGUCCGGAACCUGCAAGGAGGUGCUGGGAACCGCCCACAGUGUUGGAUGUACGAUCGACGGGAGGGCCCCGCAUGAUGUUAUUGACGACAUUAAUAGCGGAGCUGUUGAGUGUCCAUCCGAGUAAAUUGGUACUCAAAUUCCAAGAAAAGAACCAUCGCAAGGUUUUGAAAUGAGAACACGGUUGAAUAAAACUAUAAUUACAAUUUGAAUAAAAA